UCCGCAGACUAAUUGCAGUUGAAGAAGUCUUCGAAGAAGUGAUAACUGUAAUUUUUUAUAAGCUGAAUCAUAGUUUCUUGGCUGAUUGUGUGUUCAUGAUGAGAUGAUCCCAUCAACAAAGUUGCGAUAUUGUUCCUCUUAAUCUUGAGCUGUGGCAACUUUUCAGUUUCUGUUUUCAUCCACAGAAUAGACAUUGAAUCAACAUAAAUGGAGGCAACGAUGAAGGAGCAGCUGCUGCCGAACAAUGUAGAAGACCUCAAGAAAAAGAUAUGGAAUGAGAGCAAGAAAAUGUGGAUUGUUUCUGCCCCUGCUAUCUUAAUCAGAUUCUCAACUUUUGGGGUAAAUGUUGUCAGCCAAGCUUUCGUAGGCCAUAUUGGCGCCACGGAGCUUGCUGCAUACACGCUCGUCUACUCCGUCCUGCUCAGAUUCUCCAAUGGCAUACUGGUUGGCAUGAAUAGCGGGUUUGGAACGCUGCACGGGCAAGCCUUUGGCGCUAAGCAGUACCAAAAUCUGGGGAUAUAUCUCCAGCAAGGGUGGAUUGUGUUGCCUACCGUCUCGACUAUACUCUGUCCGCUGCUAGUUUUUGCUGCUCCGAUCCUAAAAGCGUUUGGCCAAGACCAACUCAUUGCAGAUACCACGGGAAUCAUAGCUCUGUGGUUCAUUCCAUUAACGUUUUCGUUUGCUGUGCUAUGUGCCUCCAACAUGUUUCUGCAGUCACAGAGCAAGAUCAUCGUGCUCUCGUGCUUAUCCACCUUUUCUCUGUUAGUACACGUCUUCCUCUCGUGGCUUCUUACCGUGAGGUUUGAAUUUGGGAUGACUGGUGCUAUGGUUUCUACUACUCUGGCCUAUUGGAUCCCAAAUGUAGGCCAGAUUAUCUACAUUGUCUGUGGUGGCUGUCGGGAGACGUGGAGAGGCUUCACAGCGUUGGCGUUCAAGGAUCUCGGGCACACAGUCAAGAUUGGUGUGACCUCGUGCCUCAUGUUCAGCCUUGAGUUCUGGUACGAUGCAGUGCUGAUUCUGUUAAGUGGAAACAUGGUGAAUGCUGAGGUUUCUGUUGAUGCUCUUUCAAUCUGCCUCAACAUGAGUGGAUGGGCUCAAAUGAUAUCCACUGGUUUCAUGGCUACUGCAAGCGUUCGCGUGGCUAAUGAGCUGGGGAGAGGAAACGCGGGAGCUGCAAAGUUUUCCAUUCUGAUGAUACUCGUUACCUCAUUCUCCAUCGCGCUUGUGGUGUUUGUGGUGUUUAUCGUCUUGAGGGAUCAGCUAGCUUACGCGUUCACUACAAGCGAGGAAGUGGCGGGCGAGGUAGCUCGUUUGUCACCUCUUCUUGGGUAUAGCUUGCUUCUCAACGGUGUUCAGCCUAUACUUUCAGGCGUGGCCGCGGGGGCGGGACGACAAGCCACGGUCACAUAUGUCAACCUUGCAUCCUACUAUUUGAUAGGAAUACCUCUGGCAGUUAUACUUGGUUUUAGCCUAAAUUUGCAAGUUCAAGGUGUUUGGAUUGGGAUGACAAUCGGGUCGACUGUCCAAACCGUUAUACUUGUCGUCAUGACUUGCAUGACUGAUUGGGAUGAACAGAUUUGUCUAGCACACAAACGAAUCAAUCGCCCACUCAUUUCGGAGUUGCCUCGGAAUUGAACACAACACAGCCAUUCUACUUCAAUUUCAUCUAUUAUUUCCGUUUUUCAAUAUUAAUUUCUUAUGGUAAGAGUUCCACGCACAUUUUGGGAUGUAUUUUUUCAGUUGCUAAACGAAGGAC